UUUGGUCUGGAAUUUUGAAUUUUGUUUUGCGGCUAGGAUUUUUUUAUGACGGAGCACUGAUAGUGCAAGAAAAUAUAUUAUGCACUUAAAUUGAAGUAUUUAGAUACAAUUUAAUCGUAAGUCGAAUGUAAUAAUCUAAAUACUUAGGGUACGUACGCCAAUCGUUAUCUCGGUUAUCGUCUGCCACUAAAAAAAUAUCUGCGCCAUUCGCUUAUAUUUUGCGGAUCUAAAAUAACGAGCUUUCAGGAGAAAUUGCGUCAUACCUCUAAAAGCUAUCUACGUGUUAAUUAAAUACUAAUAAUGAGGUUAACUAAUUCUGGGAUCGAAUAUGACACUGCUCCUACAAGAUUUGAGCGGUUGAAGAUGAAGUGUAAAGAACUUCGGUGGUCUGACUUGAAAACUACAAAAUUUUUGAUAUCAACGACCACAACAAUAUUUGCUUUGACCGGAUUAUUACUUCUAAUACUGGGCAUAAUCGUUCUGGGAAACUAUAAUGAAUAUUAUUUAUUCCUGGGACCUUAUUUCUUCGUGGUUCCCAGAUUUGUGAUCGUGACCGCUGUUUUUAUUUUCUUCACGGCUGUACUGGGAUUCUAUGGAGCGAUUUCAGAAAAAUAUAAAAUCGUUCUUGCGUACCUCGCUUUACUUGUAACGAUAUUAAUAUUUGAACUGUCAAUAACAAUUCUUGCAUUCCAACUGGAAGAAGAUGCUUUUGGCUAUAUAAAUCAGCAAAUUCAACGAGACCAAUUUCCUUUUUCUGAUCGUUCGUUUUUGUUGGCUUGGGAUGAUUUACAAAGAGAGAAACGUUGCUGUGGUAUCUAUGGUAGAGGUAAAUAUGACAUACACCCGUUACCCAUCACUUGCUGUUACAUUCCCGCUGGUGCUCGGUCGCCAUUUGAAUGCACCACUGACAAUGCAUACUAUGCCACCUGCGACUCCCGGCUGUCACAUUUCAUGGGAAAAUAUGCAUAUAUUAUCGGAGUUGUAGCCGCGACUGUCACUUGCCUUCAGGUUAUAAUCGUAGCUGUCGUUAGUUGGAUAGCCUAUAGAUUAAAAUCCAAGAAAAAAAUACCUCAACAUGGAUUUAUUAUGAAAGACACACUGAAGAUAGAACCACCGAACCCGUCGGUGAUUGACUAUUCAAGGUUUUAAAGGCAAUGACACAAUAUUAUAUUUUGUAAACUUGGCUAUUGUAAAAAAGCCUUAAAAGUUUUAUAUUUUCUACGUUUUAAUAAAAAUUCUAGCGCCUAUUAU